GUACACGGUCCAAAGUGGAAAACCUGCUCCCUGCUAGCCCUUGCCUUUGAUACCUUUGGUUAUACACUUUCACUCUCUCUCUCACACUCUUUCUCUCGCACCAGAAAUAUUUCACUGUGGUCUUUGCCCGGCUUUGGCCCACCAUAUGCUUAGUAUAAUUUCAAUUGUUGACGCGAGUGGCUAUUCCAAUUCGUCCAACGUGAAGGUAGUGAGUGAGCGGCAAACUCGCUUCUAUUAUUACUUAUAGCAGAAGUCAAUUUAUUUUCCACGUCGUCGUAGCAGUUGUAGUCUUCUCCCAACCUUCGACUCACACGCGUCGCCUUCUAUCCGCUAACAACAGUUUCCUUCAACAAUUAUUUUGACUUUUGACUUAUUUUGCAGUUUUUUUUUCGUCUUAUUUGAUUUGCAUCUACACAAGUCUGCUGCUAUUUCGUGGUAUUCGUAAUAUUGGAAAAUUUUUCGAACCAAAGUGCAAAACAAAAAUAAUAAAAAUCAAACAACAAGAAUAAACCACAAUCGGUUUGCGCAUGGUAUACUCGUAUGGAAGUGUUGCGUGUUGUUGUUUGUGCACGAGUAUAGUGACUCUGUUGGCUGAUUUUCUCAAAACCAAAAAAUUAUGCUCCCACAUUUGUACAUAUAUGCAUGUGUAUAGGUGUAAAUGCAAAAAUAUAAGAGUGUAUGAGGAAGUGUGUAAUAGCGUCAUUGUCGGCACUUUUAUUUGAAUGCAAUAAAUAGCUUUCUAAAAACUCGGUGAUUAUUGAAACAAAAACAGAAGAAAGUUUUAAGUGAUUAUAUAAAACUGGUUUGUAACAGAAUUAUUUAUAAACUCGCGCGCCGACAACAACGUAAUAUUGACUAAUUUGCAUGCAACUAAAUAUUUAAAUGUAAUAGCUUUUGGCUAGCGUUUAAGUGCAACGAACGAAGUAAUUUUAUUCAAAAACAAAAAACAAAAAAACUAAAUCGCGCUUUUUCACCCGAUCGCUCAGCUGCAUUGUGAAGAACAAAAAAAAAGUAAAUAAAAGAAAAGUACAAAAAUAAAAAAUAAACAACAAGUGCAAAAAAAAGUUUCGUGGUUCAACGUUAUCACAACAAAAUGUCAGACAAGUCCAACAAUUAUGCCGAAUAUUCACAAUUUCAUUUUUAUAUCGCCGAUUAUUGUGUAUUCGUGGCAAUGCUGCUGCUUUCUACAGGCACGGGCAUCUAUUUCGGUUACAUAAGGAAGAAUGUUAAACCAGUUAAGCCUACAAUCAAUUUGGAGACGAACAAACACAAAGAACCAGAUUUCGGUUCUAAAGCAAUGAACGAAUAUUUAUUGGGCUCUAGACGAUUGAAAGUAUUUCCAGUGGCAAUGAGUCUUAUUGCUAGCUACAUUUCCGGUGUGACAAUGCUUGGCGUACCAUCGGAGAUCUACAAUUAUGGCACACAAUAUUGGUUAAUUAUGGUUUCAAUUGUUUUGAUGGCGGUUGUGGUGUCGAAAGUUUAUUUGCCGGUUUUUACAACGCUAAACGUUGGCUCGUCAUAUGAGUAUUUAGAGCUGCGCUUCAGUUCCAGUGUACGAAGUAUCGCUUCAUUUAUGUUUGUGAUGGAUGAGAUAUUUUUCUUGCCUAUAAUUUUAUAUGUGCCGGCAAUAGCAUUUAAUCAAGUUACUGGCGUAAAUAUCUACGUUAUAAGUGGAGUAAUUUGCGUGGUUUGCGUGAUCUAUACAUUAAUUGGCGGUAUAAAAGCUGUAGUCCAUACCGAUGCCUGGCAGACACUGGUUAUGUUUAUAGCGCUUGUUGUUGUUGUAAUACUGGGCACAAUAGCAGCUGGCGGUCCUGGACCUGUGUUUAAACAUGCUUCCGAAGGUGGACGUAUAAUUUUCUUUAACAUAACACCAUCUCCCUAUGAACGGCAAUCAUUUUGGGCUGUACUAAUUGGUGGCUUCUUCUACUGGACCGCCUUUAAUAGCGUCAAUCAGACAAUGGUUCAACGGUACAUGUCAUUGCCGUCAUUGAAGAAAGGUCAACAAUCGAUUAUCAUCUUUACGCUGGGCGUCGUACUCUUCUUAUCAGUUUGCUGUUUUGCGGGUUUAUUAGUUUUCGAUUUCUAUCGCAAUUGCGAUCCACUCAAUGCUGGACUCAUAUCGAACGACGAUCAGCUACUACCGAUUUAUGUAAUGCAAACUGUUGGCCACCUACAAGGCAUACCGGGUCUCUUUAUCGCCGGAGUAUUUGGCGCUGCACUAAGCUCACUCUCGGUUGUACUAAAUGCCACAGCUUUGGUCUUCUUGCAGGAUAUUGUGCGUGGUAGUUUUAAGGUGAAAUUGAGCGAGAAAGCAACAAAUAUUUUAGUUAAAAGUGUAAUCGUGCUAUUGGGUGCAGUUGCAAUGUCGCUGAUAUUUGUGCUUGAGAAAUUGAGCGGUAUAUUGAGUGUGGCCACAUCGGUGACUGCCAUUGCGGGUGGCACAACUUGUGGCAUUUUUACGCUUGGCAUGUUGGUGCCGUGGAGUAAUACCAAAGGUGCUUUAGCCGGUGCAGCUGCUGGUGCAGUGAUGUCCGGUUGGAUAUCAUUCGGCUCGCAAGCAGCUAUAGGUGCUGGUCAUAUUGGGCCACAUAAGCUGAAUGUUUCCGUGUCGGAAUGUUUGGUCAAUUACACCAUACCAGUGCUGGACUAUAGUGGGGAAUCAGAAGUAUUUCCGUUAUAUCGCUUAUCCUUUCACUGGAUUACCGUAAUUGGUGUUCUUUCGACACUGUUGGUGGGCACUGUCACGUCUUUCCUUACCGGGCCCACUGUGGUGAAGAAAAUGGAUGUGGAGCUAUUAUCACCCGUCAUUCAUCGGUUUUUACCAAAAGAAUGCUUCCAACCACGCAGUGUCAGCCCAGAUUUUUCACGAGAUAGCACGGCGCAGACAUCCAUACAUCUACUGGCUAAUAACAGAGAACAGUCAAAUGAUAGGGAUAGAUAUUAAAUUAAAUUACGGGGUUAAACUCAUACACAACUAGUUACAUGUUCGUAUGUAUGGUGCCAAAAGUUUGAACUUGAUCAAAGACAAUAGAGGCGAAAUAGCAAACAGCUUGGCUGAAAACCAAAUUCAUUUUUAUAGCGAAAAUUUAGUUAUUUAAAAAGUCUUAAACUGUUGCAUUUCGUAGUUACUAUAUAUUUAACAGUUAUUAGGUAUGCAAAUGUAUUGUAUAAGUGUGAAAUAUGUGUUAGUUAGAAAUAAUAUAGGUGAAAUUUUUUAUUUCAGAAUCUUAUUUUUUAUGUUACCUAGUGUGAGUCCACAAAAGUGCGUAUGUACAAUUUAUGCAUAUUGAGAACAAUCCGAAAAAUAGUUUGAAAAUAAACCCUGUAUUAAUUUAUGUAAUUUGUAUAGUAGUAGUAGUUUUAUGUACAAAAUCAUGUUUGUACAUAUUUGUAUUUGUACUUAUCAUUUCCAAUAACCAAAAAUUGUGCACAAAAUAUUAAAAAAUAAAAAUAAAAACAACAAGUAUGUAAUCGGUUUUGUAUGCAAAUAUAAAAAAAAAUUCUAAAUGUAAAAAAUUGUAAUUUUUGACCGUUGCAAAUAGUAAUUAAUAAGCUGAAAUGCAUUUAAAAGUCUUUAGAUAUAAAAAUUUGGCCAAUAAACUUAAAAAGAAUUAGAAAAAUAAAUUUGUCAAUUAAGAAAAAUGUUCAAGCAACGUGUACUACCGAUUACAUACAUAAAAAAAGUUAUCAUUAUUAGGUAAUUCAAUAAUCAUAAUCAGUAACUACAUACAUACAUACAAAUGUAUAUGUGCAAUUACGGGCCAAUUAUGAACGUCUGUGAUAACGCCUGGUAUCUGCUUUACUACAUAGAAAUCAUAACUAAUUAAAAAGCUAAAAAUAAAUUUUAUUUUACAAAUAA